CCGCGCGAGAGGAAGAGGAGAGUCGCAGAGCCGAUUGGGUCAGGCACACGCGAGGGCAGCCCCCGAGGGCCGUCCCAGAGGCCCCCGCGCCGCCGGGGUCCUAUCGGGCCACACAGCCGUCUGCCGCACGUGGCUUCAGCGAGAUGCCGAAAUCCAAGCGCGACAAGAAAGUUUCCUUAACCAAAACCACCAAGAAAGGCUUGGAACUGAAACAGAACCUGAUAGAAGAGCUUCGGAAAUGUGUGGACACAUACAAGUACCUCUUCAUUUUCUCUGUGGCCAACAUGAGGAACAGCAAGCUGAAGGACAUCAGGAAUGCCUGGAAACACAGCCGGAUGUUCUUUGGCAAAAACAAGGUGAUGAUGGUGGCCUUGGGUCGGAGCCCAUCUGAUGAGUACAAAGACAACCUGCACCAGGUCAGCAAGAAGUUGAGGGGUGAAGUUGGUCUCCUUUUUACCAACCGCACAAAGGAGGAGGUGAAUGAGUGGUUCACAAAAUACACAGAAAUGGACUUUGCCCGAGCUGGCAACAGAGCAGCUUUCACUGUGAACCUGGAUCCAGGGCCCCUGGAGCAGUUCCCUCAUUCCAUGGAGCCACAGCUGAGGCAGCUGGGCCUGCCCACUGCCCUCAGGAGAGGUGUGGUGACCCUGCUGUCCGACUACGAGGUGUGCAAGGAGGGUGACGUGCUGACCCCGGAGCAGGCCCGCGUCCUGAAGCUUUUUGGGUAUGAGAUGGCUGAAUUCAAGGUGACCAUCAAAUACAUGUGGGAUGCACAGUCCGGAAGGUUCCAGCAGAUGGGAGAUGACUUGCCAGAAAGUGCAUCUGAGUCCUCAGAAGAAUCAGAGGACAGUGAAGAUGACUGACUCAGGGACUUGACUGAAGGCCUUUUAGCACAUUCUGGGUCUCCAUCAAACCAUGUGGAAUUGUUCCUGCCCCUCUGGAGGGAGCAGUUAUUUAUUUUUGCUGUUGAUGAAGAUAGGUGUGGGUGAUGGGAACUGACUGUCCCAUAAAGAAUAAAACUUGGUCUGUAGGUGUCACCCUGUAGACAGCAAGAGGCUUUUCUUAGGAAAAAAGCCUUGGGUGUGUGCCUCUGUUUGGAUUCCCAUAGAUUCCUCUGUUGACCUAGUCGGCCAGUACAACUUUGGCUCCUGAGGGACUGCAAUGGCAGUGCAGCUUUGCAGUUCUGGGGACAGCCAAGAGCAACCCCCAGAGCUGAGCUUUCUCCUCUCCGGCCUGGGCUGUCCUUUGCUUGGAAUGGAGAUUUGCUGAAGAAAGUUAGGCUCUCUGAUGGCCCUUCCCUGCCCUGCAUAAACACUCCUUAAACCAGGGUCUACUGGUGGAUGCCAAGAAGCCAGAGACCUCAGGGUGAGAGUGGAGCCUCUGCUGGAGGCGGGAGUGAGCGUGUGGCAUCCCACAGCAUCCUGGAGGGUUUUUCCUGGUGGGAACCAGGAUAGGUUUUUGUCCAGAUUGUCUCAUACGCAGGUAUUUAGUGAAAGCACCGAAUGAGAGAACAUCUGUUUCACGCAACAUCUCUUCUUUGGUUUAUGUCUACUCUUCGUGGCUUCUAACUCCCUGUGAUCUUCUUUGUCUUUAGCUGAGAAUAAAGGUGUUCUCUGGGGCCUGCGUGGGUGGGGGUCAGUGGGAAGUGCUUGCCUAGCAUGCUUGAGGUCUUGGAAUCAAUUCCCAGCAUCACAAAGGAAAAAAUUCUGUGACCUACCUGUUGGAAUAGUAGAUUAAGACCCUCAUUCCAGAGGGAUCCUGCCCCAUAUCCUCAAGGGAGGAAAGCUACAGAGAGGCCAAGAAAAGCUGAGACCACCAGCUCUGCUGGGGAUCCCCACCCAGUCUGUUAGUCACCCUGUCUCUGCAGUGCAGCCUCCAUAAAAACCGUGGAGGGCUUGGUGUGGUGCACUCUUAAUCCCAGCCCCUCAGGAGGCUAAGGCAGGAGGACAGGUGAAUUUGAAACCAUCCUGGGCAACUUAGUGAGACCCUAUGUCAAAAAUUGUUGAUAAACAACUGGGGGUAUAGUUAAGUGUGGGGUGCUUCUCUGGCAUAGGGUCAGUCCCCAGAUGCAGUGUCGCACACCUGUACUCCCAGCUCACCAAGGCUGAGGCAGGGUUGCAGGAUUGAGGACAGCCUGGGCAAUUUAGCAAGACUGUCUCGAUAAAAAACUUAAAAAGGGGAGGUAGCUUAGUGGUAGAGUCCACCAGGGUUCAAUCCCUAGUACUUUAAAAAAUGUUCAGAGAGCUUCCACAAUGUGUGAACAAGGCAGUUCCCCAGACAGCAGAGGACAGCACACCCAGAGAGGGCUGGAAACUGCACCCUCACCCACCCCAACAUCCCUCCCCUGCGCAUCUGUUUCUUUUGUAAUGUCCUUCAUAAUAAAACUGUAAACCAUGA